AUGGCGGUACCUGUAGAAGAUGGCAGUUUACUGCAUGGCCCCACCACUUCUCAUUCCUCACCACCGACUCGAGUACCCUCGUCCUACAAGCCUCUCUCUACAUUUGCACUCUCCAAAGCAAAACAAUAUCAACAGCAAUAUGGCGAUAUGUACUUCUUGAGAUUGACUUCUUUAAAGAAACCAGUUGAAGAAAUUGCAAGCGCCGCUUGGGAUGGGUUCCAGAUUUCUGGGGAGGAAGUGCGGAAGGUAGAGAGAGUGUUGGAUGUUAGACAGGGAGAAUUAUGUUGGGUGGCAGGUACAAUUUAUAUGAAUAUGCCAUUGAAACCGAAUAUUUUGGAAGAUAUAAGUAAAGAUCAUUGGAUAUCAGCACCCCCACCUCGAAAGAAAUAUCUCUCCAGUGACGGCGAAGACGAAAUAAUGCUCGAGGAUGAAUCUGGACGACUGCGAUUAAUUGGAGGACAACUAAAUAAAGAGCUGCUGGUGACAGGCUGUAUAGUAGCAGUAAUGGGGACAGAAAACGCAAAUGGCGAUUUCGAAGUAGUGGAUAUCAAAGUACCAGAUUUACCACCGCAGGAACCAAGAUGGGAAAUAUCCGGGGAGAAAGAGGAAGAGGAUACAGAUAUGGAUACGGAAAAGGCAGGGCGCAAAAAGAUUGCCCUCGUCUCUGGCCUCUCAUUCUCUGGAACCAGCGCCGAGAACUCUCUCGAAAAGGCCCUCCUGACCGAAUAUCUCUUAGGCGAGAGUCUAGACCCCUCUUCCCAAGCCGAAGUCUCUAAAAUAUGUCGUCUAAUAAUAGCCGGCAACAGCAUUGCCACUGACCUCGAUAGCAUAGCACACGACACCGUGGGCAAUACACGCAAAGCACAAAAGAAAUACGGCUACGAUGCCAGCGCCUAUAAUCCCGCUCCUACCGCCCAUUUUGAUAACUUCCUAGCUGAACUCUUGCCAAGUUUACCCAUUACAUUAUUACCUGGACCUAGCGAUCCGGCAAAUGCAAGUCUGCCGCAACAGCCUAUUCAUCCGGCUAUGUUUCCUCAAGCUAGAGCGUACUGUGGAAGUGCGCCGAGUGUUAUCGGAGAAGAGAGAGAGGCGGGAUGGUUUGACCCAGUGACGAAUCCAUGGGAGGGAGAAAUAGAGGGAUGGAGAGUUUUGGGCACGGGCGGACAAAAUGUCGAUGAUGUCUUCAAAUACGUAGAGGGUGAGGAUCGCCUGAGCAUGAUGGAGGCUAUGUGUAGGUGGAGGUGUUGUGCUCCCACUGCACCAGAUACUCUUUGGUCCUACCCAUUCCAAGACGCCGACCCCUUCAUCAUCAGCACUUGUCCGCACAUCUUUUUCGCCGGCAACCAACCCUCUUUCGACACCGCCAGCAUCGAGGGACCAGACGGCCAAACCGUCAGACUAAUAUCAAUACCCAGUUUCGAGGAAACAGGCGAGAUCGUACUCCUAGAUGCUGAAACGUUGGAGGCGGAAGUUGUAAGAAUCACGGUGGAGUAA